AUGAAGCCCAACACCAUCAUCAUCCUUCUGUUCUCUGCUCUUCUCCUCGCUCUCUUCACCACCACUCACGCUCUAACCGUCGCUGAACUUCGUCAACUCAUUCAAGAUCGUCGUUCCAGCGCUUCCGAAUAUGGAUCUCAACGAACUCAACAACAACCUACCAAAUCAUUCGAUGUCUUUGAUGAGUUGGCAGAUUCCUUGUUAAACAUGAAUGAAGAUGAAAUGGAAAACUCUGAAGAAAACUCCUUUUUCGAAAAUUCAGUAGAAGAAUCAUCAAACAUUGAACCCUUGUCAGAUGCCAUGUGGCCUGAAACAAGAUGUACCAAUGUCCAAGGAGCUCUCAACGUUCGUUCUUCACCAUCACCAAGUGCCUCUAUUGUGAAAACUUUGGGUCCUGAAACUCAGGUCACUGUCUAUCAAGUGGCCAACGCUGCCGAUGGAUCCAAAUGGGCUCGUGUUGGUAGUGGACAAUGGGUUUCUGCCAAAUUUUUGAAAAUGUCAUGUGCCAAUUCACAACCAACAAAACCUCCUUCAUCAACAAAUUCUAACAUGGAUAAUACCAAGAAGGCAGAGGAAGCAUUGGCUCAAAUCUUUGGAUCCGAAGGUAAAUGUCAAAACUGGGCCUUUGAUUCUGGAAAUUCAUUCCAAGGUAAAAUUGGAUACACCUGUAUGGGAGUCAUACCUGCUGAAUGUUGGAAUAAUCGAAAUGGAAUUUUUGCUCCAUUGUUGGGUGGAUUUAAGGGUCAUCCUGCUGAUUUCUGUAAAUAUGCCUAUGAUAGGAAUCAAGUCGUGUACAAGCAAUGUGCAGCUCAAUUGUAUACUCAAAUCUAUUUUGGACCAGGAGGUUGCAAUCAAUUACCAAUGCCUGCUUUUUACGUGUGCGCAGAUAUUGCAGUGAAUUCUGGAACUGGAAGAUCAAAGCAAUAUAUUAAUGAAUUGGGUGGAUAUCAUGGACAAAAUGCUAAACAAUUUGCUCGUGCUUUGAAUGAGAAACAUAGGGCUGAUUAUAAGAGAUGGGGAUGUCCAACUUGUAAGAAUAGAGUAUUCUUGAAGGGAUGGUUGGCAAGAGCUGAUGCAAGAGAUCGCUACAUUGAUAACUAUUAA